AUGAUCAACACAUCUGUGAAGCUGCUCUACAACGACCUUUCUACAGGCUCCUGGACACGUUACAUAUGGUCCACCAUUGAUGUCGCACAACUCGUCAGAGACCUGCAUUCUCAGGGUUCGGAUGCAACUCCUUGCAAUCUUUUCCUUUUCAAUAUUGUACUGAGCGAGGCGUGCAUCUAUUACGAUCAUCCUGAUAACAUAGAGCUAAGUAUAAAAUUUUCCGAGGAGGCGGAACGGUUCUGUGAAGCUGGGGCCGGCAUAACAUCGAUAGCUAACGCUCAAGCACUCAUGUGUCAAGCUGUUCGACAUCAGAUGAUGGGUAACGACCGUCUGGGUGAAGCUCGAAUGCUUCGUGCUCUUGACAUGCAGAAAGAGCUGGAGCAGUCCUCCGUGUACGAAAUCUUCGAUGGUGCACACAAAAAAUCGAAGCAGGAAAUUAUCACGCGCAUAGGUUGGGCGAUGUUCAACGGUUACGCCAAGUCAGCGGCAGUGCUUCUGUGGCCGGUGAAGUAUAUCCCAUCCAGAGAGCUAGUACUCGAGAGAGACUGCGAUCGUGCCGCAACUGACACAUGGUCACCAUAUCCUGUUGAUUCUACGACAAGGUCGGAUCAUCCUCAUUGUUUCUUCCGGGCAGAUAUUGAACUGUCCAAGAUCUUCGCCCGGAUAACUCAGGUCCUCAUCGACGAUUCCCUGGACUUUCAUCGAUUUGAACCCGAGUUGGAGAGUAUAUGCCAGAAGCUAAAUACUUGGAAGCGCAACCUCCCCAUAUGCCAAGCGCUAUGCCAGAACGCUCCCGCUGAUUAUUUUGCCCAGCAUGCAGAAUUUCACUGGGCCAAAAUCAUGAUUCAAACUUUUGUUCAAAAACAAAAGACGCGACUUCUGUCCGAAGGCCUCAAAGUGAACUCUGACAAGCUCACGAAAUGCGUAACGAAGUCUGACGCUAUAUACUCAGCGCAGCAGAUAGCAAUCAUCAAUCACGACUAUAUGGAACAGUUUGGCACCAGGUAUAUGCAGAUCUUCAUGAUCCAGCCCACCGCGAUCGCUCUGUUCCUGCUUCUCACGGAUCUGGACUCUAUUGAGAACCAACAGAGUUUCACAGUUCUUAGUGAGGCUGCAGCAGCAAAUGCACGAUUGUGGAAAUUGUGCGAGGCCAUUCUGACCAUGGUUCGACAAACAGCAGAGGCAUUGAGAGUCACUCUGCCUCCGCGAGCAGAGCGUUUCCUCCAUCAAGACGCAGGAACUGCUAAUCUUCACGGUAGGAACAAGUUCGAAGGCGACUACCCUAACUUUCUUCUUGCAUCUGGGCAGAUUCAAGAAAGCGAAAAAGUAGCUGCAGUCAUCAGUGAUCUAAGUAAGAUGUACGAUGCGCUAGAUCUCAAUUCUGAAAAUCCGGCCCUGACGAAAACUGCAUAG